GGCGAACCUCGGCAAUCGAUCCCGCACCGCAGUCCGGCGAGGCGUUCGACCAUGGCAGACAAGAGCAAAGUUGCUGAGCAGUACUAUGCCCCUCCACCGGAGCUGGGGAAAUGGGAGGGCUUCAGGGUCUUCCUGUGGAACUCCGAGACGGGGCAGUUCCUCGGCCGCACGGGAUCCAGCUGGGCCAAGAUCCUGUUGUUCUACCUGAUCUUCUACCUGAUUCUGGUGGGGUUCUUCGCCGCGAUGCUGACGAUCUUCUACCAGACGCUGGACUCCAAGAUGCCCAAGUGGCAGCUGGAUGCGUCCCUCAUCGGCAGUAAUCCAGGUCUCGGAUUCCGACCGAUGCCGGACUCCGACAAAGUGGAGAGUACUCUCAUUUAUUACAGGGCCAACGACAAAGGCUCCGUGCUCAAGUGGGCCACAGUCAUCGAUGAAUUCUUAUCACAAUACCACAAGAAGGGCAGCGGGAGUGGAGAGGCUCCCGGUGCAGAGAACAGAGUGCCCUGUUCCACGACUUCAGCAAACUUAGGAGAGAAGCAAGUGUGUGACGUACCAAUCGACGAGUUCCAUCCAUGCACCCCCGCCAACCAGUACAACUACGAAGAGGCUGGGCCGUGUGUGUUCCUCAAACUGAACAAGAUCUUCAACUGGGUACCCAAGCCGUACAAUAACACAGAAGAUUUGCCAACCAAUAUGCCAGAGGACCUGAAACAGCACAUUAAGUUGGUAUCCGGUAAGAAAGAAGCUAACACAGUGUGGGUGUCCUGCGAGGGUGAGAAUCCAGCUGACGUAGAGAACAUCGGCCCCGUACAGUAUAUCCCUCGCCGCGGCUUCCCGGCAUACUACUACCCCUUCACCAACAAGGAGGGCUACCUCAGCCCGCUCGUCGCUGUCCUCUUUGAAAAACCAAGGACGGGCGUCCUCAUCAAUAUCGAGUGCAAAGCGUGGGCGAAGAACAUCUUCUACGACCGGUACGAGCGGCGCGGCUCCGUGCACUUCGAGCUGAUGGUGGACCGUGGUUAAACACCUUUGGCCAACAACUUGGCGGCGAAUAUUUGACACUUGUGUUGCUUGGCCAAACUAUCAGACGCUUAGUAUUUAGGGUGUACGGAUGACUUUUGUAAGCCGUUUCUUUAAAGGUUAAAGGUUAAAUUAAUCGUUCUGAGUGUAGCGUAUAGUGGUAGAAGGAUAGAACGCAGUAAAAGGUUAUAAAGCUGUCGAAUAAAUAUUAAGUAAAAUAUUGAGAACCCAGCCUCUGUUUCGAUACCAACAGUAUGCGAAGAACGUAUGAACGUGACCGGGAGAAAAAUGGUUACACAU